AUGGCUACUGACCCAGGAGAGCCCACAGGCACCGAGGACUCCUCGGAGAAACCUGAUGGACAAAGGGAGGAGGACACGGAGCGGGAGGGCAGGGCCGACCAACAGAGGGAGAGGACACACAGCACCCCUUCAGACCUCUCCUCCUCCCAGACUCAGGAGAGGAGAAAACGACUGAGGAGGGAGAAGCGCUUCUUCAGGAAGAGUGUUGAGAUUUGUGAUCAGGACGACGAUGUGGAGGUGCCCCCCGAGGCACCCCACAGUGCCCCCCACCUGGAGCUGCGUUCCUCGGACUCAGUCUUCACCAGCAGUGCCCAGCAGCAAGGGGCUGCUUCAUCCUGUGCUGCCCUGGGUCAUGACCCUUCUUGUCCCAGUUCCAGCCAGGAGCCUGGCAAGGAUGCUCCUUCCUCCACACCCACCCACAGGGGGAAGGAGAGGGACCGUGAGCAGGAGGAGGAGGCAGAGAUGAAGGCUGUGGCUACUUCUCCUGGAGGCAGGUUCCUCAAGUUUGAUAUUGAACUGGGCAGAGGAGCCUUCAAAACUGUGUAUAAAGGCCUGGACACCGAGACUUGGGUGGAGGUGGCUUGGUGUGAACUUCAGGACCGCAAGCUGACCAAGGCGGAGCAGCAACGCUUCAAGGAGGAGGCUGAGAUGCUGAAGGGGCUUCAGCACCCCAACAUCGUCCGCUUCUAUGAUUCCUGGGAGUCUGUGCUCCGUGGCAAGAAGUGCAUCGUACUGGUCACUGAACUCAUGACUUCAGGAACACUCAAAACUUACCUUAAGCGCUUUAAGGUGAUGAAACCCAAGGUCCUGAGGAGUUGGUGUAGGCAAAUUCUGAAGGGCCUUCACUUCCUUCACACCAGGACUCCUCCAAUUGUCCACCGGGACCUCAAGUGUGACAACAUCUUCAUAACAGGCCCCACAGGAUCAGUCAAGAUAGGCGACCUCGGACUUGCCACUCUGAUGAGGACCUCCUUUGCCAAGAGUGUCAUAGGAACACCGGAGUUCAUGGCUCCAGAGAUGUAUGAGGAGCACUACGAUGAGUCUGUGGAUGUUUACGCCUUUGGGAUGUGCAUGCUGGAGAUGGCUACUUCAGAAUACCCCUACUCUGAGUGUCAAAAUGCAGCUCAGAUCUAUCGCAAAGUCACAAGUGGUAUAAAGCCAGCCAGCUUUGAUAAAGUGAAUGACCCAGAGAUAAAAGAGAUCAUCGAAGGCUGCAUUCGUCAAAACAAGAGCCAGAGACUCUCCAUCAGAGACCUCCUGAACCACGCAUUCUUUGGGGAAGACACCGGGGUCCGAGUGGAGCUGGCAGAGGAGGACACAGGCACCCAAGACUGUCUGGCCCUCCGGAUUUGGGUUGAAGAGCCUAAGAAGCUGAAGGGGAAGCACAAAGACAAUGAGGCCAUUGAGUUCAGCUAUGACCUGGAGAAUGAUAGCGCUGAGGAGGUGGCUCUAGAGAUGGUAAAGUCAGGUUUCUUCCAUGAGAGUGAUGCCAAGGUGGUGGGAAAAUCCAUCCGGGACCGAGUAAAUCUGAUCAAAAAGUCACGAGAGCGUCGACAGCAGCAACUCCUCCAACAGCACCAGGGCUUUGAGGAAAGGAGAGACUCCUCUCUCACUUCCUACACCUUUUCUCAUCCAUCAUGCACGUCCUCACUGGGGCCGGGGCAUGUCAGACAGCAGCAUAUUUUUAGUGGGACAACCCUUACUCUGCCAGAGGGUGAGAGCAUUGGGUCUGCCAGCUGUGAAUCUUAUGCAAGUGGACAGAGCCAGGCAUACUCUCAGCAAGGGGAGUCAUACACCCACUCCCAGACGACUCUCCCCCCUACAGCAUCUGGCGCUGGUGCAUUGGCUCAUCCUCAAAUGCUCCCCACUGGUGAGAGUGGAAGCAUUCCAAAUGUGCCUCUUGGUCAGAGUGUCAGUAUGUCCAGCAUGUCCAUUGGCCAAAGUGGAGGCGGACCUGUUGGUCAGACAUUUCUUCAGCCCAGUUCGGUGCAGGUUCCGCAGGUAUCACCAAGUGUACCUCAACAAUAUUUUCAGGAUGGUCCAUACCUGUCAAGUACAGAACAUCAUUCUUCUUCAGGGUCUGUUCCACCUAAUGGAGAAGAAACUCUUCAGCUUUUGGCCAAUGGGAAAUUAGAAAAAUUAAAAACUCAAAGAAGAACUUCCUGUCAGAGGCCUGAAAAAGUUUCACAUCAGUUUCAACUGAGCAUGCUCCAGGUGUCCGGCAGCGGGGACAAUAUGGUGGAAUGCCAGCUGGAGACUCAUAGCAACAAGAUGGUGACAUUUAAAUUUGACAUUGAAGGGGACGCACCUGAGGACAUAGCAGAUUACAUGGUGGAGGAGGACUUUGUCCUUGAUGUGGAGAAGGAGAAAUUUGUUGAGGAGCUUAGAGCAAUAGUUAAGAAAGCCCACGAAAUUCUUCAAACACAUUCAGAGACUGGAUCAACUGACCAGCUACAUGUGAGCACUCCCACUAGCUCAACAGCGGACUCAGUGCCCCAUUCCUCCCCAGUGGGACGUUGGCGCUUUUUUAUCAACCAGACCAUCCGCCAUAGAGACUCUCUUUCCAACCAGGGAGCAGGCACACCACCACCAACUACAGAAGCAAGGAUACCCCAGUCUCCUAAAAGAGAGAAAGAAAGUGAAGGAUCCCAGAGUCUGGAGUCCUUGACUGGAAUGGCGUCUCCCCCCUGCCCCACCCUUUCUGCCACCUCCCCUCCAGUCUCCACUGUCUCAGCCCCUGCCUCCAUGUCACCCCCAGCCACUGCUGCCCAUGCUUCUCACACCACUGCCUCUGAAAGCAUCUCCGCACCAGCCUCCACUCUUGAAGCUUCUGUUCCUGUCACUGCUUCAGCUGGUCUUGAACUGCCAGUCCUCACCUCGGCUUCUGCUGACCAAAUUUCCAGUGCUCCCUCAUCCAUUGCAAUACCUGCUGCUGCUAACCUCCCCAACUUGUCCACUGCUCCCGAUGUUGUGUCUCCCACACCAACCAACAUUCUUCCUGAUAUCCUUACUUCUCCUGGAACCAGUGGUUGCUCCACUUUAGGUCAAAGUAUUGGGGAUGCAGUAAUAACUGCCCCAAGGUCAUGUGUGUCUGCGGCGGACCAGUCCUCAACCUCUUUUCAUUCCCCUCCUCCGGCUGCUGCAGUGGUCUCUUCAGCAGUAAGCCAACUUAGCAUGGAGCAACAGCAGACACUUACCCAGGUGGCCAAACCAGCCCCACAACAACCACAACCACAACCACAGCUACAGCCUGCAUUACAGCAGCAGGUAACAACAGCUCAACAGCAACUGCAGGCAAUGCAGCUGGAGCAUCAGGCACAGCAGAUACAGCAGGCAACACCACAGCAACAACAGCAAUCACAGCAUCAAGUGUACCAGGAGCAAAUCCAGCUGCAGCAGGGGCAAGCUCUGCAACAGUCUCUCCAGCAGUUACAACAACAGCAGCUCAUGCAGAAACAAAUACCACUUCAACAACAGCUGACUGAGGUGCAGGUGCUGCCUCAGCCAGGUCAUACAGAGGUGUUAAAACAGUCUGUGCCUCAGCAGCAGUUUCUGCCACCAAUGCCCCUACAGCAGACCCAACAACCCCUUCUUCAACAGCAAACAACACAGUACACCCCACAGUUGCUGCAACAGCCUCAGUUACAGCAAUUACCGCAGCAGGUUAUUACACCACUAGCUGCUGUAGUGCCACAACAGCAUGCUCACAUUGAUCAACAGCAGCCGCAACAGUUAAACCUUCAGCAGACAAUACAAUUACAGCAACAGCAAAUGGUGCAACAGCAGCUACAGCAGCAGCAACACCAGCUCUUUAUGGGUGCCGUGGCUUUAAAACCAGACCAAAGCCAAAUGUUGCCCCUGUCAAUUAGUCAACAGUUUCUUCAGCAUCAGGCACAGCUAAAUGUUAGCACUGUACUGCAACAACAGAUUCCACAGCAAACCCAAAUCCCUGCCGAGCUGGCACAACAACAUAUACAGUCACAGAAACAGCUGCAACACAUUGAGCAGCAACAGGAGGUUGUGAAAGCCAUGGACACACCCCAGAAACAACAGCAAUUUUCACUGCAGAAGCAGUCUUCUUUACAGAUGUCAGAGUCAGAGGUGUCCACGGGAGAGACAAGUUUCACAGAGGACACAGGAAGCUACUCUGCCCCCUUCCACCCUUCCUCUGACUCCUCUCUGCCUCCACUCCAUCUUGGCACUGCUGAAGCCUCGUUACCCACUCUCUCCCUCACAAUGACACCAUCCCCUGCUCAACCUUCCUCUGUGGCCGAGUCAGACAGUGAAGGCCCCCCCAAAAUUGAAUUUGUGGACAACCGCAUAAAGACUCUGGAUGAAAAGCUGAGGAAUUUAUUGUAUCAGGAGUACAGCAGUGGGGCAGCACUGGCCGGAGGAGCUGUGUCUGGCCCUACAUCCGCUGCCUCCACAUCAGCAGGAGGAGACGAGUCAUCUGAGCCACAGUCACUCCACCACUUGUCUUUCCCCCCACCCGUGUCCUCCUCAGAUACUUCCCCCCACUCCUCAUCGUCCACUACCUCUUCCACCACCUCCCGUUCCUCCUCCACCUCCCCUGAUCCAGAGAGGGAUGGAGGGCGAGAGGACGCUUCCUCAGAAGUGCCCAACUCUGCGGGGCUGGGUCCGGUGGAGCAGCAGCCUGGCCCAUCUCUCCCUUCCACCUCUGCGUCGUCGACCCCACCUACCUCUCUCCUACCUCCCAGUCAGGAUGACUCUGCUGGGCCCCAGCGCCCACCUGUACCCGGAGAACCAACCAUUCUUGCUGUACCCCCACACUCUGACACCAGUACCACUGGAGACGCAACGUGGCCCCCCAAUCAGCACCCGAUCCCCCUCCGGCAUGGACAGCAGCAGCACAAUGCAGGAGAUGGACGUUCCAGCAGCCAGGCACUUAGAGAGGAAAAGGAGGCAGCACCUCUAAAUCCGCCUCAGUCGCGCAAAGGACGAUUUCAGGUGACUCCAGUGCCCCAGACCUCUCCCCCAAAGGAUGCCCCAUCAGGCCAUGGGAGCACUCAUAGGAAAGUGGGACGUUUCUCUGUUACCCAGGCUGAGAUGAAAAAAGAGGAUGGGCAGACUGGCAGCUCCCCAGUGUCUCCUCAUUUGGAGAGGGAGAGGAGGAGAUCUCGGGCAAAGGAAGGGGAGAAGGAUGAAAGUAAGAGGACCCCAGCAAUGGCCCAUCUGUCUCGAGGUCAUGGACACAGCCACUCACCUCCAGGCAGCAGCGAUGAUGAUGAUGAGAGCGAGUUGGAGGAUGAAGACCUGAGAAAAGAGCUACACAAGCUCCGAGAGAAGCACAUCAGAGAGGUGGUUUCCCUUCAGGCGCAGCAGAACAGAGAGUUGCAGGAACUGUACAGACAGCUUCGUUCCCUCAAAGACCAAAGGCAGAGUCUGCCUGUCUCCUUUUCCCGAACCCCUCCUCUUCCCACAGCACCUCCUGUCCUCUCUCCUCGCAGGCCCAGGCCAGCCAAAAUCAAACUCCGGCCCCGGCCCCACUCUCAUAUGGAUAACAAUGGAGUUACACACUCUGGGAUUCAGCAGUCAAGUAGUUUCUCAGGGGGUGAACAGAAUAGACUGCCCCUAUACUGCAACCCAGAGCACCGCCCGUCACUGCCUGCGAAAAGAGAUCAGAGUCCUCUAAGAAAAAGCACAUUCACCGAUGAACUGCACAAACUUGUUGAUAAUUGGACAAAGGAGACGGUGGGCCCCGCCCCACCCAAGCCUUCACUGAAUCAGAUCAAGCAGAUUCAGCAGGUGCAGGAGUUGGGAGGUUGGAGCCAGCCAACUGAGGUGGCUCCACCAGGUUGGUUUCCAGUGGCACCACUGAAUCCCCAGGCAUCCCCAACCCCUACCAGCUUGCCUGUGGCAGCCCCUUCCCAUUACACAGGUGGAGGAAGCCUGUCCACCCUGCCCUCUCCAGGACCUCCACCACAAACGCACAUGGCUCAGGUGCCACAGAUGCAGCAAAGUUUACAUCUUCAUCAGUCUCUCCCCCUCCAACAGAUGACCUAUCAGCAGUCUCCACUCCGCCAGCAGAUACCACAGCCCCGGAUGCAAACUCCCAUACAGUCUCAGUCGCUACCACAGACACAGCCCAUUACCCAGCUGCCCCAUUCCCCACCUCAAAGCCAACCACUGCUGCCUUCCCAAAUGCCCACAUCUCCAGUGUCCACAGCCGCAUCUCUGCUGCCCGGCAGUGACACCACUGCACCCACAGAUAGUACUGCUGCUACUGGGGGGACAUUUUGCUCCUGUUCCUCAUCCUGUUCCACCUGUUCCUCCUCUUGCUCUACUGCUGCUCUACCUUCCAGUGCCAAAAUUCACCCAACACCCCCCACCUCGACUCUUCCUCUGGGACAGAAAUGAGACCAUGGCGAAGUGUGAGGUCAAUAUGAAAGUGCAACAGAUGGAAAUACUAAGUUGAUCAGGACGUAAAGCAGGUCCAUUUGGAGUGUUAGUUCCAUGUAUGCGUGAAAGAGUUGUGACUGCAAUGAAUAUAUGGAUUCCAGUGUACUUGUGGAUGAGAUGGAGAGUGAAUGUGAGAGAUGAUAGAUUCUAGUAUGUACAAGACAGAAGGUAAUAUGGAACACAGCAGCUGGGGUUUAUGAAUCAUGGUAUGUUUGGGUGUCAAGAUGUAAAAAUUCUUUAAUGUAUGAGUGAGUGCAAUUAUGAGUGUGAGUGAGUGUUUAUGGAUUAUCCAAGUACAUAUCCCUUAUGUCCUUUGACACAAAUUAACGUUCAUGUUUUUGUUUUCAAACCAACUUAGUUGGACCUGAACUCCCUAAGCAGAGACAAGAAGGACAAAAUAUUUGACAGUGUGUUGACAUUUUUUGUUUAAUUUGUCGAUGCUUACAGUGAAAGGACUAUCAAUUUUAAAAGUGCAAUUAGUAAUGGUCAUCUAAAUUGAUCAGCAUGUAUUGUAUUGAUCUGUCUGCAAGGCAUAAAAUAUUUUUGUAGAAGCACAUUGAUGAAAAUGAGACGCAUAGAGCAUUUUUUCAUGAUCUCUACAUGAUCUUUUAAAACUGUAGGCCUCCAGCACAAGGUGUUUCAAUGGGCAAUGAAAAAAAUUAAACAGCAUGUUACGCAGUAGAGCACGGUAAAGCUAUCUGGCUACGAUCAUUACCACAAUACAACCAAAUACAUUGUUGCAGUGUCGUGCACAAUACAGCAUGUGCUUAAUUUGUAUUAUUUUAUUUUUGUAAUAUAGAAGCAGUCUGAAUUACCAUGAGUGAUAUGAUAUAAACUCAGAUUAAUUUUUGAUAUGAUGGCAAAUUGAAAUAUGCCGUCUAUGUUCAGUGGAUACCUGGGUGCACUCAGCCCAAGACUGCAUGACCUUAUGACUAACUUGACUUGCCUGAGUGCAAACUGUUUGCAGCCUACUGAGAUAAUUAAUCAAACAUUUGCUUUCAGUAUGACAUGCUUUCACAUUUGACAUUUGUGCUUUCAGUUUGAGCUCCGCAUAUCAAAGUAUAUCACAGUGUCAUGCUGAGGAGGAGAACAAAAAAAGAAAUAAAACUGCCAAGUUAUUAAAGACUGGGGAGACCAUAUGGGUUAUUCCCAUAUUGCCUUUUAAAAUUACUGCAUUUUUUGUGAGUGUGUGAGUGUAUACUUUUUCUGUGUGAGAAAACUUUGUGAUAGUCCCAUGAUAUAUGGCAUUUUAAACUGCAAACUGCAAAACAGCCUCUCAAAUGUCACUGUACCCGACUGAAAAUGUUUACUUUGCCUAUGUCUUGGGCUUGUUUCCUGAAGAAACAAAGUGAGAGCUUAGAUCAUAUACCAGUUGUAAGUUUGAUGUCCAACACUGUUGUGGGAUCCUCACUUGCCUAUUUGUCAACUUUGUUUGGCUUUGUACAAUUUCCUUAUUUCAAUCGUGAACUAUUUAGUCUUCAACCAUAGGCUGUCAGUGUGAAUACAUUUGUCAGAUUUGAACUGUGGGCCAUAAUUGUGCUUUAUGCACACUACAAAAGGUUUACUCAAGUUAAAAAUGUUCCAUUCCUCUAUUUCUAAACUCACUUCAUUUGUAGUUGCAAAGAUACACAGAGUAAUAUAUCAGCAGCAGAUAUAUUACUGUACAUUUUAUUGGAUUGUCAGUGCACUUAGCCAUACACACAUUUGACCAUUGAUGGUCAGGCAUUAAUAAUUUUUUUGGCAUAAUGAAUAGCCUGUAGUCAAAGCAGCAUUUCUGUUUUAUUAAUGAUAGAGAAAUUAUGUGCCACAGAAAACAGGAGAUUGUACAGGUUGUUAAAGACUGCUAAAUGUGAGUCAAAUAAAUUUAAAACAUGAAUGGGUAUGGAGGGCUAGUUUGUGCUAAAGGAUAUGGUUGUUCAGAAACUGCAAUUGCAUAAUCUAGAGUAAAAUAAUGGUUUUCUGUAUUUGUUGCUUUGCAAGACAACCCACAUUUUCACAGAGAUGUAGUUCAUUAUUAGUGAAGGUGAGAUACUGUGCUGUCAUGUCUGAUACUAACAUGUUGACUGCAAGCUACAGCUAAACGAUCAUGACUCAUGAUGUGGAGCUGGCUUUGUCCUUGAAGUGUUACCAAAAUGUUAUCUAAAAGAUAAAGAUUAUUUUUGUAUUUUGAAAUGGGGUUGUACAAAUUGUAAAAUUGUGUUCUCAUCAUUAUAAAUCAGAGGUUAUUUGAAACUAGAAAACACUGGUUUUCAUCCCUGUUUACAUGGGACUCCCCUACCUUGAUAUACCUCUCUGAGUCCUGACAGGCCAGGGUCAUUUAAGAUUAUAUUCAGAGAAUUUUGGUCAUUUUUGACAUCUUAUUUCAGUUUUGAACCAUGAAAACCUUGAUGGUACAUGACAUAAGCUGCUGGGCUACAGGUCAAAUAUAAUAAACUUCCAAAUUAAAGCAACAAAAACCUGGGGAGUCCCAAAUGGCAUGACUGAGAACCAAUAACAAAAGGACAUUUGGGCAAAGAAACCUAGAAAAAAACAAGGUAUGUUGCUGGUGAUUUAGCCUCUGUAAAUUGUAACUAAUUCAACUGUUGAU